AUGCAGGUGUUGGAGUUGGACGUGAUGGAUGUCCGCAUCGUGGAGAAGAGGAACUCCGCUCAGAGGAAACACUUCCUCUACUUCACAGACGAGAGGAUCUUCUCCAUUCUCAAGGAGAUAUGCAGGAUGUUAGGUUACUAUGGAAAUGUGUAUCUCCUAGUGGAUCACUUUAUGGAUCUGUACAAGGAGUCGUCGGUCUACAGGAAGCAGGCUGCCAUGGUGUUGAAUGAGAUGGUCACAGGGGCAGCGGGCAUCAGGGGUGGCAGGGGGUACAGAGAGGCAGGGUGUGCCCAGUCAGGAGUACCUGAAAGCAGCAGUGGAGUCAAUCAUAGAGGAGUACAUCAGCCUGAGCCACUGGCACCUGUCAACCCUUAUUAGUGAGGGGCACAGGAGCAGCUAAAUCAGUCUAGUCUCCAUAUCUAAUGGGGUUGAAGGGAAAGGGAAUCCCCUCCAGUUGGUCCAAGCAGUCCACAAGAGCUCCACAAUCCAUGAGGUGAACAGCAACAUCUGGCAGAUCUGCAUCCUGUUGGAGGGGAUAGGCUGCUUCGCCCAGGCCUUGGAGAUGGACUUCCGUCUCAUUCUGAUGACAUUACUAUACCCGGUUCUGGAGAAGGCCGGGCAUGAGACCCUGUUGAUCAGCCAGGCAGCACUGGAUGCCAUGUGGGACAUCAGCCAGGCCUGUGGCUACGCGUCCAUAAAGGAGCUGAUCAAUGAGAACUCUGACUACCUGCUAAACGAUGUGUCUCUGAACCUCCAGAGGUUGGGCGUCCGCCCCCAGGGUCCUCACCGUCAUGUUCAGCCACUCAAACCCGAGCCUGCUGCCUCUGGUUGGGGACAUCGUCCAGGACGUCAUGCUGGCUCUGGACAUAAGUUUCGACGAGACGUUCUGCACUGUGCUGCACUGA